CGUGGUUCCCCUGUGAGAUCGCACGCUUUGACUCAACCCGGUCUUGUCUGAAUUGAGUCAUCUAAUUCAUAUUUAUUAUUUCUCAGAUAUUCUAUUCCUCGUACCGCCUCCCCCGUAUUUAAGCCCGUGCUCUUUCUUUCCUUUUUUUCUCAUACGCCCCAUCACUGUAUUUCGAACGACGCCUACUGCAGCGUGCUCGUCUCCAUAAAACAAGCUUAGUUCUUUACCGCCCGGUACCCUUUGUUGCUCAACUAAGCCUCAUGUUCGAGGAGAUAUGCCUCGCAUGUUCCAAACACCUCCGCGAUGAUGGUCGUGCUUACUGCAGUGAUGAAUGCGAAAAUUCAGACAUGUACAAUUCUCCGUCCAUCUCUUCUGCCAGCAGCGCCCUUUCCUCUCCAUACAUCGAUUUUACUCCCGGUGGCGAUGUUCCCCCCCUCAUGCCGUCUGCAUUAGGAACCGCGCUUAGCAGUAAUUUCCAGAAGCGAGGCCGGUAUUCUGUAUCGUCUUCAUCCACAUCUUCGGCUUCCUGGUCUCUCUUCACUGAUGCAGAAGAGGAAGGCUAUGCUUCUGUUGGUAUUGAUGACGAAGUCGCCUAUGAAGGAGAUGGUUUAGAACCAAGUGUAUCCGGCGACGGCUUCGCACGGUCCGCAGGCUUCUUACAUCCAUGCAAGUCCUCAGGACUCAGCUACACUCGCCAACCGUCGGCUACCAACAACCGCUCGACCAUCCCCCUUCUUCACCGUCGAACAUCUUCUACAUCCAGCUCAGGUUUUGGACAAGCCCAUUCCUCUGCUGAAGACGACGCUGACUCCGUGAGCGACGCUCCCUUCCAUGAGAAACCUUCGGAGCGAGAGCGGGAGCAUAACAAGCUCACUGUUACCUCCAAAUUCAAAAAGAGCCGCAACCGUGCGAGUCUCCCUGCAUAUUUCUCUCUUCUGCAGGUCAGCUCCCCCCAGCGAAGCUCACCACCACUCUCUACCAGUUCAGGAAAUACGACCAGUCGUCCGUCUCCCCCUACACCAAAAUUAGCUUCGUUGCUAGCUAUCUCUGGCAUUCGCUCUGUUGUAGAAGCGACGCCCCGCGGGCGGCGACGCGCACCUGACACGAGUAGUCGCUCCAACUCCCGUUCUCGUGCACGCCAGCAAACCCUGGUUCCUGGACCUCGCGAACGUCAGGACAGCCGCAGCAGCGUCGAGCAAGUCUUUGAUUGGACCUGUGCUCCGUUGCCUCGAGGUCGUCCGAGUGUACGGCGCAAUUCAUCACCACUUCCCAAGAUGAUGUCCUCGAUGCAGCGAUUCGAGGAAACGCCUUUUGUUAAUUCCAUCGAUGAGGCACGCGAACGCCGGGGCCGCUUCAAGCGCAACGAGCUUGACGGACCAAGCUCGCGUGACGCGCCGGGUUAUGGAAAUGGCAGGAGCGGCUUGCGAGAGCGGUUUUGAUGCCGGUCUUCCGUAACCGUACCCCCCAGAAUUCACUUCUCGGUAUGCAUGCCGCGCCAAUAUAUUUUUGCACCUCUGGCGUGAUAAAACCAACGACUUCUUCAUCGUUCUCUCGUCACAUCGCACUCAAAAAAUAACUGCAUCGGCCUUCCACUCGCCCUUUUAUAUC